CGACUUUGGCUUUGACUCCACUACGAAUGUGGGCAAUGUGCUUGGUCCUUUCAUUCAGUUGGCGGUGUUGGAAGCGCACGGACGUUCGUUGUUUAGAGCACGGUCAUAAAGUCAAGUGGCAAAGUGGCAACUGGCUUCUCACGAAAAAUAUAAAAAAAAAAAAUAUAUAGAAAAAAAAACUGAAAAAAAAAUUAAAUUAAAAUAAGAAUAAAAAAAAUUGAAACCUAGAACACCGACGAAAAGGGAACAAAAGUGUGGCAAGUAACGUGCGGGGGCAAAAGUGUAAAUGCUAACGGUAAUUUGCAGACAUUAGUUCUCACCGACACCGACACCCACACUCACGAACACACACACACAUACACGCACACAGAAAGACCGGUGAUUAAAUGGUAUGGAAGGAAAAGUGUGAAAAGUGUCACAUUACGCAUACGCAGCGUAUGCCCGAGUUAAAUACUUAAAUUUAAAAGCUUAACGACCUGCCCGCUUUGAAAUUGAAAAUGUUUGUCGUAUUUUGGCCACUUAGCAUGCCAAGCACGUAGCAAAGUUUUGUGAUGUGGAUACGGCUCUUUGAUUGUUUUAUUAGCCCGUUUUUUGUGGGGUCAUACAUAUAACAAAAAAACAGUUAAAGGAAUAACUAGAAUACCAAACCAUGAGCCAAAUGCAACUGCAAGAACAGCAACAGCAGUGUCGACGCCAACGACGUCGUCAUAAUCACCAGUCAGAGCCUUGCGAGUGUUUACGUCCUGUGAUAAGAGUUUUUGGUCUGCUGACUUCAUUCGUUAUCUGCGGCGUAGGCGUUGAUGUCUACAUGCAUGGCUAUCAGGCCGGGCUCUACAUAGUUUUUUCAGCCGUGCUGGUAAUGUUUAUUGAGAUCAAGUGGCUGGUAACCAUAUUUUUGCAGCUUCAGUGCGCAGAGGACAAUUACCAGCGGAGGUCCUGCAGCUGCCUGGCCUGCUGGCGUUUGUCAGCGAUUUGCGGAGGUUGGCGCCCCACGCCCGUUUACGCGGUCAUCGGAAUCUGCCUGAUACUCUAUCCCCACAAUUUGUGGCUCAGUUAUGUGGCCGGAAUGUUCCUAAUACUCCUCGGCCUUCUGAGACUCAGCACGCUGUUCAGAUUUAGUCCAUCGAAGGACGAAGGUCUCUUGCCGCAGUGCGACUUUGAAAAGGUCUCCAGUUUUGUGGAUAAUAUGGAGGAUGACUUCGCGGGGAUUAGCGCCUCGCAGACGGCCUUGGAUGAUGAUGAUGAGGCGGAGGAGGAGGCCGACGACCACCCCGCCAUAGAUGAUGAUGUUUGCUAAUAGUCUAGAUAUAUAUCUCAUUGUGUUCUUAUUUA